CCCCAUCUCAGGCAUAGCCCAGGGGUGGCCCGCUACGCGCAGUGAUAGUUCUGACAGCGGAUUUCCCUGCGGCAGGGGGCUAACCGCGCGCACAGGCUCGAAGGGGUGUCGGGAGUGCUGCCGCCUCCGAGCGGACAGCCCCAAUCGCCCAGGCUCGGUGCCCGCGCAAUUUCCGCACCUUUCCGCAUCCGCAUCCGGUCCUGAGGCCACGCUGGUGCACAUGCGCACAGGCGCGUGCUCCCACUUGUUCCCUAAAGGACGUGGGACCUAGGGGCGGAGCGGAGCUGAGCUGCCAGGGCGGUGAGAUCAUUCCCUCGACUUGGCGCGUGUGGCCCCGCCCCUCAAAGUUUCUCCUCCAAUGAGACGAGGACAGGAUAGACCCUGCUGGCCAGGUUUCAGUGUUAACGGUUGCCGCGCGGACACUGCUCCCGGCGCACGCGCACACGGGCGCGCGCUCGCACUUGGGGCGGUGGUUGGCGGCUUCGGGCAUCCAGGGCUCCGUGAGCUAGCUGGCCGGCUAGCUGGCUGGCGGGGUUGGCGAUGGGCGAGGCGCCCGUGGGGACGCCUUCUUUCGAGAUGACCUGGAGCAGCACGACAAGCAGUGGCUACUGCAGCCAGGAGGACUCGGACUCGGAGCUCGAGCAGUACUUCACUGCGCGUACCUCGCUGGUGCGCCGGCCGCGCCGGGACCAGGACGAGCCGGUGGAGUGGGAGACACCAGACCUUUCUCAGGCCGAGAUUGAGCAGAAGAUCAAGGAGUACAAUGGCCAGAUCAACAGCAACCUCUUCAUGAGCCUGAAUAAGGACGGCUCCUACACGGGCUUCAUCAAGGUUCAGUUGAAGCUGGUGCGCCCCGUCUCAGUGCCCUCCAGCAAGAAACCCCCCACCCUGCAGGACGCCCGGCGGGGCCUAGGGCGGAGCACAGCCGUGAAGCGCCGCACCUCCUUCUACCUCCCCAAGGAUGCCGUCAAGCACCUGCACGUGUUGUCACGCACUCGGGCGCGAGAGGUCAUCGAGGCCCUGCUGCGCAAGUUCUUGGUGGUGGACGACCCCCGCAAGUUUGCGCUCUUUGAGCGGGCUGAGCGCCACGGCCAAGUGUACCUCCGGAAGCUGUCGGAUGACGAGCAGCCCCUGCGGCUGCGGCUCCUGGCAGGGCCCAGUGAGAAGGCCCUGAGCUUUGUCCUGAAGGAGAAUGAUUCCGGGGAGGUGAAUUGGGAUGCCUUCAGCUUGCCCGAACUGCACAACUUCCUGCGCAUCCUUCAGCGGGAGGAAGAGGAGCACCUCCGCCAGAUCGUGCAGAAGUACUCCCACUGCCGCCAGAAGAUCCAGGAGGCCCUGCAUGCCUGCCCCCUGGGGUGACCCCUCGUGCCCCUGGGUGGAAGGAGAGUAGGCAGCACCAAGGGCGUGCGGUGUGAGUGUGACAGGGCCCAUGUGGCCUGAGGAAUGAGUGUGCAUGGAGGCCCUCAUCUUGCUGGCGGAGUGAACCCGGAGAACCGCAAAGGAGCUGGCCCCCUGCGUCCACAAGGUGUAGCAGAACAUGGCUCUGCCCCCUCUGCCAUUCACGUACUGAGUCAUGGUGGGCCAGGGGUGCCCUGGGAAGCUGCUCGUCUUGCAGCAGGGGUAGAGCAGACAGAAGUCUCCUUAAUUUGUGUCUCAGAUGUGAGAAUCUCGGAGACACAACAAAUGGAAUAGGGUCAUGUUUGCAGGGGUGAGGACCCUCAUCUAUGGGGAAAGGUUGUAUGUAUUGGGUCUUGAGUGAGGUCUCGGGACGAGCCCUAUCAGAGCCAAGAGUGUGUGUUCGAGAUGAGUCAGGCAGCAAGGAAGCGUCCAGGUUUCCCCCACAGUGCCUGCUGGUUCUGCACACAUCCUGGGGGCGGCGAGCUGGCUCACGGAGCAGCGACAGUGCCUCAGUGCCUCCUCCAAGGAGGACGUCCUGGACCCGGGGUCUGUGUGAGUGCGGGCACUGGCCUGGGACCAUGCCUUGUUUGCUGGUCAAAGCCAGGGUCUUUGCUUUGGGUAUUUUGAUGAUGUGUGUGAAUGUAUACUGUUUUGUGGCCUCAGCUGAAUGCCUCCUGUGGGGAAAGGGGUGGGGGUGACGGUCAUCAUCAGGGCCUGGGGCCUGAGAAAAUUUGGCUGAAUAAAGAUCUAAGAAUCUG